AUGAUUCAGACUCUACCAUUUGUCGUUCUUUGGCGCUACGCCAAGCCCCUCCUUUCUUCAAUUUUACCCGUUUCGUCGAAAUCGAUGGAAGAAAUUCAAAAGACACCAGAACUAAUAGUUAACUGGGGACGGGAAAAACUUCACAUUGAAUUUACUGAACAAGGGACGGGGUCUCUCGAGGAGACGACUUUAAAAGAAUUGAAAGAACGACUAAAGGAGAUCACCGGAGUGCCAAUAAAUGGGCAAAAAUUAGUUUUUUCAGGAGCCAUAAUGAAAGAUGAAACGGCGACUUUAACAUCAUUUGGAUUACAACCAUUUUCAAAAUUGAUUUUAAUGGGAUCAAAACCAAAUACAACAUCUGGAUCAUCCGAAGAGCAUGCACUUAUAGCGCGCAUUACACAAUCGGUCGAAAAAACAAAGGCAAAUUUAGUUCCACAAAUAGAAUCUUUCGAAACUUCCGUGGCUACUUACUUAUCAUCUGAAGAUAACGAUGAUACAGUCAAGUCAAAACUUACAGAAGAACAUCAUUGCAUUGUUGAAACAUUAAUGCAAUCCAUUCUUACGUUGGAUUCAGUUGUUUGUCCUCCAGAAUUUGAGACAGCUAGACAAAAGCGGAGAGAAGCAGUUAAAUUUACUCAAGGAUUGAUCGAUCGAGUAGAUGAAGUAAAAGCGCAAUUAUCGCAACAAAAUCAGCAAAAUAUAACUGUGUCAAAUGUGUCAAAUGCAGCUUUAUAA